UCUCUCUCUCUUGUCGUAGUUCCAGCCCUAACGCUUUUCAAACGCCCCCAGCUCCACUGGGUCUUUCCCCCUCGUCUGUCUUAAGAAGCGGACUAGGGACGUAAUCCUGUUUUCCCUCGAUUCUACUUUCAAUACCGCCACAAUUUCUCCAAUCACUUCCUCUCUUCUCCAGGCUCUGCCUACCUGGUCACUUUUCUCCUACUUUCGGAAACCCGACGGGGAUUUUACCACCAAUCCUCCUCUUCCGCCUCCGCCUCAUCAUCGCUCCCCUCCUCAUCCUCCUACCGUCACUACCGCCACCAUUACCACCACUCCUAUCACUAGAGAUAUCCCUAAACCAGCACAACCACCACCCACGACCAAACCCCGCAAAUCCAAGAUGAGGAACCCCUUUGACAUGUCAGACCUUGACGCACUCGUCGAGGAACAACAAGAUCAUCAGCAGAAUCAUGCGGACCUGCACACUCACCAGUCGCAUGAUGGCAAUCGCUCUCUCCUGCAGGACGAGAGCCGUCGCGGCGAUAACCUCAAGGACCGCUUUAUCGGCGCCAUCGACCAGGGUACUACGAGUUCCCGCUUUAUCAUCUUCGACUGCACUGGUGUUCCCGUGGCUAAGUAUCAGAUGGAAUUCCGUCAAAUCCACGAGCGCUCAGGAUGGCACGAACAAGAUCCUUUCGAGCUGGUCGAUUCGGUCUACACCUGUAUCGAAGAAGCAAUGAAGACCUUCUUGGCCCUGGGCCACUCCCGGGAUCAAAUCGAGGCGAUCGGUAUCACGAGUCAACGUGAGACAGCAGUGUGCUGGGAUCGACAGACGGGCGAGCCGCUGCACAAUGCGAUCGCUUGGCCGGAUACCCGGACCACGGGCUUGGUCCGCGAACUCAAGGGCAAGAAGGGGGCCGAGGAUCUGUCGAAGAUUUGUGGUCUCCCACUGUCCACUUACCCCUCCUCCGUCACUCUGAUGUGGAUGCUCCGCAACCUGCCCGAGGUGAAGAAGGCCUACGAUGAGGGUCGCCUCGCAUUCGGUACCGUUGACACAUGGCUCUUGUACAACCUGAACGGCGGACCCGAAGGUGACCGCCUGGUGACUGAUGUCUCCAACGCCUCGCGAACCAUGUUCAUGAACCUCGAGACCCUCGAUUAUGACGAUCGCUUGCUGGAGUUCUUCGAGUUGGAUCGGAAUAAAAUCCAUCUCCCCAAGAUUAUCCCCUCUGCCGAUCCCGAAGGAUUUGGAUGGGUCCGGUCGGGCCCGCUCGACGGUGUUCCCAUCACCAGCUGUCUCGGUGAUCAAUCGUCCGCUCUGGUCGGUCACUGCGCGUUCACUCCCGGUUCCGCCAAGAACACUUAUGGCACUGGAUGUUUCCUCCUCUACAACGUGGGCGAGAAGCCCGUCAUCUCGAAACACGGUUUGCUGGCCACUGUGGGCUUCCAGCUCGGUAAGAACCGGAAGCCGGUCUACGCCUUGGAGGGUAGUGUGGCUGUCGCCGGAAGUGGUAUCUCCUUCCUGAUGAACAACAUGGGUUUCUUCCGUGAUUCGCGCAAAGUCAGUGAGGUCGCGGCCAGUGUGCCCGACAGCGGUGGCUGUGUCUUCGUGACCGCCUUCAGUGGUCUGUUUGCCCCCUACUGGAUUGACGAUGCCAAGGGUACUAUCUUCGGUAUCACGCAGCACACUCAACGUGGGCACAUUGCCCGCGCGACCAUGGAGGCCGCCUGCUUCCAGACUAAGGCUAUUCUGGAUGCUAUGGAGUUGGACAGUGGACACAAACUGACCGAGCUGGCUGUUGACGGUGGUAUGAGUAACUCCGACAUUUGCAUGCAGACCCAAGCCGACAUCAUCCAAAUCCCCCUUGAACGACCGGCGAUGCACGAAACCACGGCGCUGGGCGCCGCCAUCGCCGCCGGCUUCGCCAUCGAUGUGUGGAAGGACUUCAGCGAGCUGAAGGACAUGGACCGGGCCAACCGCACCACCUUCGUGCCGCACGUUACCCCCGCCCACAGCCGCAAGAUGUACCGCCAAUGGACCAAGGCCGUCGAGAUGUCUCGCGGCUGGCUGGACACGAACGAGGACAACGACGAGGAGGAAGAAGAGGACAAGAAGCAACAAGAGCAGCUGCAGCUGCAGCAGCAGCAACGACAACAACUUCAGAACUCCUACUUUGUCCACUGAUUUUCUUUUCCUCUUUGAAACAAAGAACCAAAGCGUUUUUGUCCGUCCCAUGAUAUGUGAUUCCUCAGUCUCCGGGUGUGUAUAUGCGUUUCAGCGUUUUUUCUUCUUUCUUGUUUAGUGCUUCGGGGUUCACGG